AUUGAGGAUGAAGAUUGGACAAUAUUUGUCAAAGAUAGAUUGUCUGACAACUUUAAGGAAUAUCGAGAAAUUCAAAAAGAAAGAAGAAAGAGAAACAUUUAUAAUCACCAUCUAAGUAGGAAAGGAUAUGCCGGUCUUGAGGAAGAGAUGAUGGUUGCAAGUGGAUCAACUGAAACUAUUGAUCGAAGCAUAUUGUGGAAGAAAGCAAGGGAAAAAAAGGACGGCACCUUUGAUGAAGUGGCCAUACCAGUAAUUGAGAAAAUAGACAAGCUAUUGAAAGAGUCUCAAGAGAAUGGUAGAAGUGUUAGUGGAAGUAAUGAUAUACUUGUGGAAGCAUUGGGUACUCCUGAGUAUAGUGGUCGAGUUAGGGCCAAAGGGAAGCACUACACACCUCGCCAAUAUUUCAAUAGUGCUGCAGAUCGUGCUGUCAGGGAUUUCAUAGCAGCAUCUAAAGAAGAACAAAGAAUAUUUCAGGCAAAAGUGCUAGCAAAACUGUCUCAACAGUUCCAAACAUGA